GUCAAAAUAAUCCGGAAGACGAUGUAGCUCGAAACAGUUGUUGGUGCUGAGACGAGGUUAAGUCUGAUCACGUUAGUGUUUAAGGCAUGGUAGUGGAACUUAAUGUUGUGGAAUAGAAGACAAGCAUAGCGACUCAAACGAAGAUUGUCUUCUGCUUUUUGAGUUGGUAGUCCAGCCUCACGUUUUGAGUUUCAAAGUCCAUGUUGACAUAUCGUUGCAGUCCUAGAUAUUAAAGAAGUGUAGCUCAUCGCAGACUGGUUCAUAGUAAUCAUGGGCAAUGGAAUGAGCAAGGUUGUCGAUGGGCUCUACCUUGGGAACAUAAGAGAUGCAGAAAACAGAAUAAGUCUGUCUAAUAAUGGCAUCACCCACAUCCUGUCUGUGUGCAACAAUGCUAAGCCCGUGUUUGAGGACAUGACGUACCUUUGUAUUCAUGCAGCUGAUGCUCCCAGCCAAAACCUAUUACAGCAUUUCAAAGAAUGCAUCAGCUUCAUCCAUGAAUGUCGCCUGAAUGGAGGAUCUUGUCUCGUUCACUGCCUUGCAGGGGUGUCCCGCAGCACUACCAUAGUAGUGGCCUACCUGAUGACUGUCACCCACUACAGCUGGGAAGAGUGUCUGUCUGCGGUCAAGGCGGUUCGCUCCUUUGUCGGCCCAAACUAUGGCUUCCAGGAGCAGCUGCAGGAGUACCAGAUGACACAUGUCUCAGAGUUCCAAUCAUGGUUACGGUCCAGUUUCCGUUCCAGUCCAUUUAAUGACCAGGAGCAGGUGGGCGCCCUGCUGAUCCAGUACACUGAGCAACAGGACAGCCAGAGGAGAGACGCAGACAGGCAGUGCUCGAUAAGUCACAAUAUACCUAUCUGUUCUAUGCCGUUGGACCCUGACGAUCCUGAAGGCAGCAGCUGAAACAUGGGUCUCUGGUAAUGCUAAAGUCCUGCCUAAUGCUGUCUGUAAAUGGCAGUAGCUAGUACCCUGUACUCGAUUCCAAAUCAACCCCAAGUUGUAUCCAACUUUAAGGCCUUUUUACAGCUCUGAAAGCAUAGGAUGAAAUAAAUGCCCCCUCAAAGUAUAUGUUACUUACUUUGCAUAUGUCUAGUCACUUUUUUAAGCAAUGGAGGUUCAUUUAGAAUUGGGCUACAGACUCCUCUCCACUAGCAGUACUCUUUGUGCUCCCUAAACUGAGUAUAGCCACAACAAGGGUAUCUGUGCUCACACACGCCUUACUCCAAACACCUCAGCACCUUAGCCGUGAUGAAUAAAACUAUACUUCCAUGCGGAUUCUUAACACCUGCAGUGUUUAGCUUGUUAGCCUUAUAGAUGACCAAUUAAUGCCGUCUUAAAGGAACAUCUUGUCUCUAAUUAUGUUGAUAUAUAGUCUGUGCUGGUGGACAAACACCACAAAUCUACAAAAUGGCUUUAAAAUUAUUCUGACCAUUUAUUCUGACAUGUACCAGUUUGCAGUCCCUUCCAGGAUCCUAAUGGUAAACUGUUUGAUCAACACUGCAGCUGGGGAAGUUAACAUGCUCGCUGAGCUGACAGCAUACAAUUUGUUAUUAUGUACAUCUUACUGAAAGGAAGCACUACUGCUGGCCUGUCAGACGCUACUGACAUUGCAUGUACCAUUAAAAUACACAUUAACCAAACAAUGGUAAUGGUGUCACUAGCAGAUACGCAAGACAACUACAGAUGUUAUACAAACAAAAAAUAUAUAUCAUUGUUGCACAUCACUGCCUAUACAGUCUAUGCUCACUGCCCAUGGAGGAAACAUUUGUUUACACCCAGUUGGAUACUGUUCUUUCAUUCCAGUUUUUACGUUUUGUUUCAUUUGGUUCCUCUUUGAAGAAAAGUUCAAGCCACCUGCACACUUUGUUCUUUUAGUAAUGUGUGCAACAGAAUCCAACACCAACCAUCCACAGUCGAAGCUCUCUUCUAUUUUAUCAGGCAGAGAGGACAAAAGGCAAAAAGUACAACAGCCAAACCCUCUGUAGUUUGUCCACUGUCAACUGAUGUCAGAUAAGCCAGCGGUGGGAUUUAUUAGUGAAUUAGGCUGCUUCAGUUCGCUACAGUGUUGCAGAAAACAUUGGUUCUUACUCCAGUAUACAGAUGUGCAACUAGGAGUAACGUAGUUUCAAAAUUGGCAGAAUGUUCCUUUUUAUAGUAAUGCAUAGCAGGUUAAAUUAGGAAGCUACAUAGAGUAUAGCUGUGUAAAACUAGUUGUAAACUACACAUGAAUGAUCCCUGCUGUUUAAACACUUUAGUCUUCCUGAUUUUACUGAAGCUCUGAUUUAUCUUUUUAUUGUAAUAAAGGUGAUUUUUGUCAUUUCUUAUAAAUUCAUGUGUGCAGUUAAUUGUUUAAAUUGCACAUUAAUGUUUUUGUUUGUUUUAUAAUAAAAUGCAAUGAUUGAAAUGAAUUAUGGAAAUAUUAAUAAAUCUGUACUAUCAACA